AUGCGGUUCAUUCAUGCCAGUUUACUGAAAGCACACGAACAUAAACACACGCCCUCAGGCGAAAGGCCCUUCCGCUGCUCUGAAUGCGGGGCAUGUUUUACUGCAAAAGGUAAUCUUACAUUUCACCAGGCGACGCACAACCGCGGAGAGAGACCUUACCGCUGCUCUGAGUGUGGGAACAGUUUCUCUCAUCCAGUGUAUCUGAAGAAUCACCAGAAAAGGCAGAGUAAAGAGAAGUCCAUUGUCUGCGACCUGUGCGGAAAGACCUUCAACCAUCCAGACGACUUCAGAAUUCAUAUGAAGAUACACCGAGGAGUGAAACCAUACCACUGCUCCGACUGCGGCAGCAGCUUCAUAUUCCGCCGACGUUUAAUAACACACCAGCGUGUACAUACUGGAGAGAUGCCUUAUGUCUGCAAUCACUGUGGGAGGAGGUUUUCGCUGUCCCGUACUCUGGUGAAUCACCACCGAACGCACACUGGGGAGAAACCUUACCACUGCUCUGUCUGUGGGAAGAGCUUCAGUCGGUCACAAAUCCUAGCUGCACACAAGAGAACUCAUACUGGAGAGAAGCCUCACGCCUGUGAUCAGUGUGGGAAGAGGUUUUCCCGAACCGACGCAUUGGCUGUACACAAACGCACCCACACCGGAGAGAAGCCUUACAGCUGUGAUAUAUGCAGGGAGAGGUUCACGUACUUAGUAGCCAUGUUGAAACAUAAGAAAGUACAUGGACAUCCUGCAGGUGACGUACUGUGUGCUGAACAGCCUUAG